AUGGUCAACAUCCCGAAAGAGCAAGAAGCCGCAGUGCGAGAGGGCGAAGGACAUGAUGCGAAGGCACCGGUCAAGACGGUUCCGGUUGAGCAGGACCUUGCUCCUGGCCAGAUUCUCGUGAAGAUCAAUUGGUCCGGCCUGUGCGCCUCCGACAAAUCCCUCCUUCACGAUGAAUGGUCUGGCUUCGGUGUGAAGAUGUCGGAUGCGACCAAAGGCAUUGCCGGCCACGAAGGAGCUGGCGAGGUCGUCAAAGCUGCCGAUGAUGUGGCAGAUAUCUGGAAAGUUGGCGAUAGAGCUGGGGUUAAGUGGGUGGUCUCGAUCUGCCGGAACUGCGAGUUCUGCACCAACGGUACAGACGAGCUGCACUGUCCGAACCAGAAGAACUCGGGUUUCACCGCCGCCGGGACGUUUCAGCAGUACGUGGUGACGGAUGGGCGGUAUUGCACAAGGAUACCUGAGGGCGUAUCGGAUGAGGAGGCAGGCCCCAUCAUGUGCGGUGGAGUGACGGCGUAUACUGCUUGCAAGAGAUCUACAGUUAAGCCUGGGCAAUGGCUGGUCGUGUUUGGGGCUGGAGGUGGGCUUGGACACUUCGGUGUCCAGUACGGGAAGGCCAUGGGCAUGCGCGUCAUAGCCAUCGACGGCGGCGAAGAGAAGCGCGAGCUGUGUCUCGACCAUCUCGGCGCAGAAAAGUACAUCGACUUCGAGAAAGAGAAGGAUAUACCAGCCAAGGUCACUGAGAUGACGAAGUACGGCGCUCACGGCGCCAUUGUCUUCUCUGCCGCUGCAUCUGGCUAUGCAGCGGCGCCCAGCACCAUUCGCCCUGGUGGUACUGUUGUCGCCGUAGGGCUGCCGACUGAUCCUACGGUCAUUGCCGGGGCGCCACCGAUUGCGCUCGCUCUCGGAAGGAAAAACAUUGUGGGAAGUGUGACGGGCACACUGAAGGACGUCGAGGAGGCCUUGGAGUUCACGGCCAGAGGCCUAGUGAAGCCCAUCCUCACGAAAGGCAGUUUGAGCGAUGUCGACAAGUUCAUCGACAUGAUGAAAGCUGGAAAACUGCCAGGCAGGGCUGUGCUGAAGGUCGCAGCGUAG